AUGGUGGAGAAAGGAAAUAGUAGGAGCCGUGGAAGCUACAGAACGGCGGGGGUGCCAGUGUCGACGCUGCUGACCUUCUUCGCACAUUUGCUGUUCAUAGCAAUCACAACUCUGUUGUUGGUCUGGCUGCUUCAGUUCAGAGAUGGACUUUCUUUCACUUCAACCAAACUUUUCAAUCUACAUCCAUUCUUUAUGAUCAUUGGAUUUGUCCUAAUUUCCGGAGAAGCUAUAAUGGCAUUUACCACAAUCCCAGCAAAAAGGAGGACAAGAAAAUACUUCCACAUGUUUCUGCAUUCCAUAGGUCUUGGUUCUAGCAUUGUUGGUCUCUUUGCAAUUUUCAAGUUUCAACAUGAUACUGGAAAAUCUAACCUCCUUACUUUGCAUUCCUGGAUUGGCAUUUCCACCGUUAGCUUAUAUGCCUUGCUGUACAUUGUUUCCUUGUUGGUAUUCUUCUUCCCCGGGGCGCAAAACUGGAGAAGGGCUAGAUUAGCUCCAUGGCAUGUUCUCUAUGGAAUAGCCGUCUUCUUCAUGGGAAUAGUAAGUGCAGAGACAGGCUUAAUUCAGAAAUUCAUAGCCUUAGGACUUCAAAAGGGACAAGAAGCACUCAUUGUCAAUUUUACUGGCUUAUUACUUCUUCUAUUUGGGAUCUCUAUUGGCCUUGUUGUUCUUCUCCCUGUUUCAUAUUAUUAG